CUAGGUCUAGACCUUCCUCUAGGUCUCCGGGUGCGUCCUCGUGGAAACCUGAGCGUUGCCUCAUGGUUCAGUCCUCCGGCACCAUGCCUUGGACCAGACCCCAGGUGGAGCCCCACGAGAGCGUGGACCAGUACCCCGCCGACCACCACCACUACGAGGGCUCCCUGUUCCCCACCUCCACCCUGGUCCCCGUCACCGUCAUCUGCAUCCUCAUCUUCGUGGUGGGCGUGGCGGGCAACACCAUGACCAUCCUCAUCAUCCAGCGCUUCAAGGACAUGAAGACCACCACCAACCUCUACCUGUCCAGCAUGGCCGUGUCCGACCUGCUCAUCUUCCUCUGCCUUCCCUUCGACCUCUACCGCCUCUGGAAGUACGUGCCCUGGCUGUUCGGCGAGACGGUGUGCCGGCUGUACCACUACAUCAACGAGGGCUGCACCUACGCCACCAUCCUGCACAUCACGGCGCUCAGCGUGGAGCGCUACAUCGCCAUCAGCUUCCCGCUGCACUCCAAGGCGCUGGUGACGCGCCGCCGCGCGCAGUACGUCAUCCUGGCCCUCUGGGGCUUCGCGCUGGUGUCGGCCGCGCCCACGCUCCUCCUGGUGGGCGUGGAGUACGACAACGCCUCGCACCCCGACCUGAGCACCGGCCAGUGCAAGCACACGGACUGGGCCAUCGUGUCGGGCCAGCUGCACAUCAUGCUGUGGGUGUCCACCACCUACUUCUUCUGCCCCAUGCUGUGCCUGCUCUUCCUCUACGGCUCCAUCGGCUGCAAGCUGUGGAAGAGCCGCAUGGAGAUGCAGGGGCCCUGCGCCCUGGCCCGCGAGAGGGUCCACCGGCAGACCGUCAAGAUCCUGGUGGUGGUGGUGCUGUCCUUCAUCAUAUGCUGGCUGCCCUACCACAUCGGCCGGAACCUGUUCGCCCAGGUGGACGACUACCACACCGCCAAGCUGAGUCAAGACUUCAACGUGGCGUCCAUGGUGCUGUGCUACCUCAGUGCCUCCAUCAACCCGGUGCUCUACAACCUCAUGUCACGCAAAUACCGCGCCGCGGCCCAUCGACUCUUCCUCCUCCACCGUCGCCCGCGGCGUCGAGAGCUCUGUGGCCAGCCGCAGCUCAGCGCCAUCGACGACAUCACCACCCUCCACGAGACGCUGACCGGCGUCUGAGAAGAGAUUGUGGUUAAUUUGGAACGGCUGCUUUUUGAUGGGAAGGGGCUCAUCGGUUUCAGAAUAGUCUAAAGGGGUGUCCGUUUUCUGUCCAAAUAAGGGCAUGGCGGUUCCGCUUGCCGAAACAUCAAAGGUUUACAUAAUCUAAAAAGAGUUAAAAGUUGAUUGGUUUUAUUUGUUUAAUGCAUAGUGUAGUUAGCGAUACUGGUAGCUAUGAUUGAUUCAGCUUCGUCAUCAAUUGUACUCGUGUUUGAAAAGUUUGAUUAGCGUUUUGUAGCCUACUCGCAAAGUCGUAAAACAAAAACCGUAGACCUACUGCAAAAAAUAUUUGUAUAACAUAGGCCUACUCGGCAAAGGUUUGUUUCGAAAGUAAAAAAUAAGGACAGUUGCUUUUGGUACUUUAUGGUCUAGUUCUAAAGACUCCUCUGUUUGUUUGUAGCUUAUAUUCUGGCUACAGUAAGCCUUUUGUGAGACUAUUUCACGAUUAAAGAUUGGGUUAGGGUUAGGGUUAACAAUUGAUUAUUAUCGCUUGAGAGUAAGGAAUUCCCUUUGUGCAUUUAGAGCGAAUAUAUCCGUUUGAUUAGGUUUGAAUGUAUUUAUAAUUGCCCAUGUGUCUGUUGUACCAAAUAUUCCCUGCUUCACGCUUUAAUAGCUACAACAACGGGGGCCCCUUUCACAAAUGAAAGGUGCUUUGUUUAAAUUGCCUGAUUACUUUUUCUGUGUAGCUGUAAUCGUAUUCUGGGGUUCAAUUAGUGGCGUGGUUAUCAAUUGUAUUGCUGAAGUGUUUGGUUGUCAUUUGUCUUGGGGGAUAUGAGAGAAAACAUAUUAACUGUUACAUUUAUGUUGCCUCGGCUAGAGCCCUCUUGCUGUGGAUUUACAAUUUGGGGUUUGUGUGUGUGUGUGUGUGUGUGUGUGUGUGUGUGUGUGUGUGUGUGUGUGUGU